AAUCCACACUUGCACAGCAAGAGCUGGGGCAUAGCCUGAAGUGGCGAACGACAGCCACAACUAAAUAACAGCUUGAGAAAAGGAGCCGAUGGCAAGCGCGUUUCUCGUUCAGAGCGCAUGUGUGGACAUUGUGGACUUGCUGCUCUUUACUUCAGCCAGUUAGGAGAAUCUGGAAACUUUGCGCCUCGGAAAUCCGCAGGUGCAAGACGAAGGUUACACCUGCUUGGCUGCGUAUUGGCUUCUAAAUUUCAACAACCCUAUAAACUACUCUUUGUCAGACAUCCUUUGGCCGUUACACUUCUUGACUUGGUUAUUGGGUAGGCUACAAGGGACGUGUUUCUUCCAGUACGUCGUGUUUGCGUUCAGCAAUUUCGCCUGUCACGAUGUACCAGUGUCCUGUUGCAGGGUGAAUUAGUUUGUUCAGGUUGUAGGUUACCCUACGUGUUGCACCUCCAGAUGAUAAUCUUCUCCGUAUAGGUGGACCCGCGCGGUCUCCGGGACUCAUUUUAUUCCCAUCCGCUGCCAGGGAAGUAGCAUGGGAAAUCAGGUCGACAAACUGUCACAUUUAAGUUAUGCUGAAGUUCCGACCACGGAUCCGAAUGGAUUGGACACGGAGGAGGACGGUCCAAGGAUUGGGGUGUCUUAUAUUUUUUCAAAUGACGAUGACGAGUUGGAGGACAAUGUCGAUGGAGCAGACAUGGACCAGAAUCAGGAAGAAAAACACUAUGAUAAGCGCAACGAAGUAGAGUGUGCCAUCUACAACAGAGACGAAUGUAUUUACGAGAAAAGUAUCAUAGCCAUAGACAUGGAGACGUACUCCCCUGAGAGUUUACUGAACAAAUGCAAAGCAGGGGACCUGCUGGAGUUCGUGGCAACCAGCCAGUAUCCCCACUGGGCUGUCUACGUCGGGGACUUUCAGGUGGUUCACCUGCACAGGGCGGAGGUGAAGAACAGUUUUCUGACGGAUGCGAGCCAGGGAAGGAGAGGUCGAAUUGUAAACGAUUUCUACAAAUUCAAGCCACUUAGUCCAGAGAUGGUUGUACAGAACGCCAUGGAACAGGUGGGCGCCAAAGACCGGGAACUCAGUUGGAGAAAUUCCGAAUGUUUUGCUGCUUGGUGCAAAUUUGGUAAGCGCGAAUUUAAAAUGGGAGGUGAGAUACGAAUCGGAAAGCAGCCUUAUCGUUUAAAAAUGAUCUUACCGGAAAAACAGUCGCACGUACUCGAAUUCCAGAGUUUGGAAGACCUAAUCAUGGAGAAGAGGAGGAAUGACCAGAUUGGAAAGGUUGCUAUGAUUCAGGAGCUGGCCAAUCACCUCAGCAAUGUCGGGAGUAUCAGAAACGACCCAGACGCACACUGAUGCAGUCAGUAGGCUAGUUGUGAUCUUGCCCACUAAUGAAACCUGUGGAUAAUGUUUUUGAAUUAAUCGUUUUUGAUGAAAAACAGCCAAUUACAAAGUAGGAUCUCUUAAUUUAAACAAAAAGUGGAGAAGCUUUGUGAUAAAAGUCUGCUCCACGGCCUGAUAUAUUGCAAAUGCAUAGAGGAUUAUCCUGGCUGAACUCUACAGUUAUUACAAUCUGCUGUUGAAAAUUGUGAAAGUUAUUUACAUUAAGCAAAGCAAAUAAUGUUUAUUUGGUUUUAUUUAUGUCUCAGUUUCAAGUAGGUUUGAACUGAAAGAUGAUUCAGGUUAUCAGUUAGAAUGUGAGUCAGUAAUAGUCCUACCUGUUGGUUGUAGUCUGUGGAAGUCUACCAGCAACAGUUCAAUUUCUGUUUUACUUUUUUCCUCCACUGUGGCUGUCAGAGUUUCUGUGAAAACCAUGACAAAACCAUCAGGGUGUGAAAUCAGAAACCACUAGUCUUUUUUUCAGGGCAUUUGUAAGCCACAAAACAGUGUCACAAUAAACCAAGGGAAGC